UCUCUGGUCAUGUUCGUGUCUUUGGUCAUGUCUCUGGUCAUGUUCGUGUCCCUGAUCACGUUCACGCUCCCGUCUCCGGCCACGUCCCCCUCCACGUCCCUAUCACCUGCCCGCGUGUCUGCCCCCUCUGCCCUCGACAGGAGUUAGCUCUGCUCCGCGCGCACCAGCUGAUAGAGGCGACGCGCAACGUGGCGGAGAAGCUGUGCCCGGCUCACUCUCGAGUCCUCGACUUCUUCUGCGAGCGCGAGCAGCGGCCCCUGUGUCACGAGUGCUCCCUGAGCACCGAGCACCGGAUGCACCGGCACACGGCGCUGGAGGAGGCGUGCAGGGCCAAGCGGGUGCUCGUGGAGGCAAGGGUGAGACUGGUGGACAAUACGUCUGGUCUCCUGCAGCAGGAGACAGCCACGCUGAGCGAGGACCACACAAACAUUGUGAACCUCUCGGAGCGUUGCUCAUCUCAGCUGUCGAGGGCGUUUGAGGAGGCUCGGGCGAAGCUGUCUCGGCGAGAGGAGGAGGUGAUGGAGGAGCUACGGAACGAGGCGCAGCGAGCGCUCUCCCCCAUCGAGGUGUCCAUGGAGGAGCACGUGUCGGGCAUUGCGCGCCUCUCCAGCGUCAAGGACAGCCUCCAGGCCCUGCUCGCCUCGGAGGUGGACCCAGUCUCGUUCCUCAAGAUGCUGAAAGAUCAAGAUUUGAAUGAGAACCUGCAGACCGGCAGUGCUUUCAGGAGGAGUGAAAACAUUGACAACGCCUUGAGGCGGAUUGUGGAAAGGGCACUUGCAUCGCUGAACUCAGUGGCAGAAGACAGGACCAUUUCGACUCCACCCUCAUCGACCAGCGACGUUACUCCUGCACUGAUCCCGAUGGUCCCCCAGACAUCUCUCACCGUGCAGGACCUCGUCAAAAUAGGAGCCUUCACCGACAUCCACAGAGGACUGUACGAAAACCGCCAAGUGGCCAUCAAGAUUCGCAAAGACGGUAUCACCAACGAGCAGCUGCUUGAGGAGGGGCGAAUGAUGGGCGCCUUGCGGCACGACCGGCUGCUUGCCCUGCUUGCCAUGGUCUCCGAGUCUCCUGCCACCCUCAUCAUGGAGUUCAUGAGCAACGGAAAUCUUCUGGCCUUCCUCGAGAAGAAAUCUUCCUCCAACCGUGACCGUUACUACCUCAAAAUGGCUGCCGAGGUGGCCGAGGGGAUGCGCUUCCUGGAGGAAGAGGGCUGCGUGCACCUUGAUCUUCGUGCGGCCAACAUUCUUCUCGACGACGGCUUCGGCUGCAAGAUCGCGGGAUUCCAGCUCGUCCGCAAGCUCGCGGGCGAGGUGUAUCAAAUCAGUGAAGGAGAUAUGCUGCCCGCACGCUGGUGUGCCGUCGAGGCGUUCACUACCAAAGUCUGGACGUCCAAGUGUGACUCCUGGUCUUUCGGGGUGCUGCUCUUCGAGAUUUACACGGACGGCACCCUCCCUUACAAAGGGAAGACGCACAGGGAGGUGGUUGAGCUGCUGAAGCAGGGAACCCGCCUACCCCGUCCAAGCGUCUGCCCUGAUGCCGUGCACCGCGUCAUGUCCUCCUGCUGGCAUGAGGACCCACUGACGCGUCCCGACUUUGGCGAGAUGUACACCUCCCUGAGCUCACUCAUCCGGGCCUAAGCUCCACUUUCGGGUUGACACCUUUUUCACUGUAAUCCAAGCCUGGUACAGAGGAUGUCGUGUGUUUAAUCCCGACCCUGAUGGCCGUAUAUUUGAAGUUUGCAUGUUCUCUCUCGCUCCCCGCACUCGCGUUAAUUUUACUCUGGGUCCUCCGGUUUUUCCCUCCGCAUUU